AUGGCUCAGCAAAGUGAAACUCUUGAUUUUUCUGGCCUAUUUAAAUUAGAUGUUUUAGUUCAUCUUGAUAUUGUAAACCACAGCUUUUAUGAAGUCGGCCUAAAAAAAAUUCUUGCAUUUGCAAGUGAUAAAGAACUUGUUUUUUUGUACAUAAAUUCUCAAUCCGAAAGGUUUGAUCACGUUUAUGAUUGGGAUUUUGUUGAUAAUCCUGUAUAUUGUAUGUGUUUUGAACCAAGUGGGACCUGGGUUCUCAUUGUAAGCGAUCAAAAAGUGUUGUUAGUACCGUUUCUUCCGUUAUUUACACCUGAAAAUUUAUUCGAUUGUAAAUGGUCUUCCACAAGAGUUUCUGUUCUACCCCUAGGAGAUAUACCACAACCAACAUCUGUAGUGUGGUGGUUAACAAAGGAAUCGGAAAAUGUAAUAAUAAUUGGAUCUAAGACAGGAUUAGUAACCUUCUAUUCCUUGGAGUCCCAAACAAUUGUUGGCGAAACAAAAGUUGCAGGGGAAAUAUUUGACUUACAAAUAUGUUUUGAUGAUUCUCUUGAUUUAUUAGCUCUUUUGAUAUCAAGAGGACAAUCUCAGCAAUGGAAAUUGAUUUUGGAACAUAGAUCGCUUGGUUAUAACUGGCUUCAGCAACUUCGGGCACAAAAUGAUAAAGAUAGAAAAGAUGGCUUUAUGUCUUAUAUAAAACAACUGUCAAAAGACAAAAUUACAUUCUUUACACAGGGUGGAUCCAAAGAUGACAAGUCUCAAAAUAUGGAGUAUGUACUAAAACCAGUUGAAUAUCUUCCUAUGUUUCGUAAAGGUUCGAAUAACUGGGCUUUAACCGCACAAUAUGUCAAUGGUAGACAUUUCUUGACAGCUUUUGAGUUAAAUGAAGGCACAUUGAUUCUUGAGAGUCCUGAAGAUGACACACCAUCAAGAACUUUAAGGCCUCAUAUAAAGAAAGAUGGCUUAUACAUCCAGGGAUUGUGGUCUCAGAGACUUGUUUACUUGCUGAGAAAGAAUGAACUUGAAGUACAUAGCGCCAACUUUUCUGUUGUUCAGGGUGAGGCUCUAUUAGGAGUUAAAAAGGACUUCUCGGAGCUUUGGUCAGUAGAACUGAUUGGUGAUGUGCAUCGUGCGUAUUUGAUGUCUGCUAAGGAACCUCCGACUGUCACAGCGGGCUGGCGUGAACCUACUUUCAUGUGCGACUUGCAACUACCAAGGUUCACUCUUGAGCCUUGUCUCGUCGUGACUAGCUGUGGAGCAUACAUUUUAAAUACUGUGUGUGAGCCGUGCGAGUGGCUGGUGGCGCUGAUCAUGCGCGGCGGCGCGGGCGCCGAGCAGUCGGCGGCGGCGCUGAGCGCGCCCGUGCCCGCGCUGCUGCGCGCCGCCGCCGACAUGCUGCUGUCGCGCGGCAAAGUGGCGCCCGCGCAGUAUCUCUUCUCACUCUCCCAGAGUCAACCGGAUGGUUGGGUCGCACGUUUAGGAGUUUUUGGACGCAUGCAUGAACUAUCAAUGUAUAAACAUACAGGAAAUAUUGGCAGUCUCGGAAAUGCUGCAAUUACUGCAAAAUUGUUAGCUAUGCUACUUAAAGUUGGCACUAACAGCGAGGAAAAGUUUGAUUUAGAUGUGCAGUUCACCACACUAAGUACUCUAGAACUCUUGGAGCUAACUUCAACCGCUGCUGCUAUCGGGUUAUGGGAUCUGGUUCCAUUAUUCAGUAUUUGUCAUGGCCACCCCCAUCUGAUGCUAUCCGCUAUAAAAUCUAGGAGCGACCUAUGCCGCGGUGCAAUAGUUUGCUUGUUGCGACACAGCUGUCUAGUGCCGAUCCUGCUCGAAGAAAAUGGACAGUGGUUUUUCGAUUUUAUAACGGAGAAAUGCAAUAAGUUCGAUACAAAACUUUUAAAGUGCCUGUGCUUGUGGAUGAGCCCUCUACAAGACCAACUACGACCUGUCAUGCGCGAUUUGAAACAGGGAAUAACAUCAGUUUACACUACAAGGAUGCUUCAAUUUAUAAAAACUUACAUGCACGUUUUGUGCGCUCUUGAAACGAGAAUACCUUGCCCCGAGAUUCACGUAGAGGUGAAGAUGAAAGCAGAAACUUGGAAAAAUCAGUACACACCAAAAAGAGCGCUUUCCUGCGGCUUGGGGCACUGGGCAAUCGUUGACGACGGCAACGCUAAAAUAAUGAUGACAAAUACUCCUGUAAAUACGGAAAUGAUAGGGAGAGUUAUUGAUGUUGCUUGUGGGAGGCAUCAUACCUUACUGUUGACUGAGAAUGGUGUGUACAGCGCGGGCGACAACUCGUUCGGGCAGCUGGGCGUGGGGCGCGCGUGGGCGGGCGCGGGCGGCGAGGCGGCCAGCAGCGCGGGCGCGCCGCAGCACGUGUCGCAGCGCUGGAGCGCGCCGCUGCUGGCCGUCGCCGCGGGACACUACCACUCGGCCGCGCUCGACCGCGGCGGCAGGCUCUACACCUGGGGAUGGGGUGUCCAUGGUCAACUCUGUCUGGGCACUAUUGAUGACCACUGCACACCGCAACUGGUUACAAAAUUUCUAGGAAGAAAAGUGCUGAGCGUGGCGUGCGGUGCGUGCCACACGGCGGUGCUGAUGAAGAACGGCGAGGUGUGGGCGAGCGGCGCCGGCGUGUUCGGGCAGCUGGGCAGCGGCGCGCGCGACAAGAGUGCCGUGCCGCAGCGUGUGCUGCUGCACGAGCCCGUGCGCCACCUCGCCGCCGGCUACUUCCACACCUUGGUGGUGACAGCGAAGGGCCAGGUGUGGUGCUGGGGCGCCAGCCCGCAGCAGGUGCGCGCCAGCCAGGCGCGGCGCGCCGCUUCGCCCGCGGCCUCCCCCUCCGCCGCCACGCCCUCCCCCUCCCCCUGCCCGCCCGCGCCAGACCCGCACCUCCUACCGCAGCUCGUCGACACCCGCAACGUGCGCGGACGCAUCGAGCACCUGGCAGCUGGUUGGCACCAUUCGUGUAUAGUUGAUCACUUGGGAAACGUUUAUACCUGGGGCUUGAACUUUGAUGGACAAUUGGGAAGUGGUGAUAGAAAACAAGUUGUAAUCCCAACAGAAGUUAGGAUCCGACCGGAAUCUCAAGCAGAUAACGCGAAAGCUAAUCCUCGAACACCCGAAAGUGAGGACUUCAAUGUAUGCACUAAGGCUCUGGUUGCUUGCGGUGGAGACUUUACAAUUUACAUCGACGACGACGGAAGAAUUUACGCUACAGGGAAUAUGAAUCUGCAUCAGGUUAAUAACGACAAGGAAAAAAUCAAUAACCGCAUUAUAAUGAUGAAGACGACGAAGCGCGUCAUAAAAAUACCGGCGAGUCGCAACAAGAACAAGUUUCUGUUUCAACCGGUGGAUAGAGUUGAAUUAAUGUUUCCGUUUGAUAUUGAUGAUUUGCAAAGGAGACCCAUAGAGUCUGUUGUAAAUCCGCUGCAGUCAAUGAGGGAUUUCAAAAAAAGUUCGUGGGCUGACGACAUUAUUCUAAUACUACAACCAUGGAUAAAUGAAGAAACGUUGGUAGGAAACCCCAACAUGCUGGCCAAGUUGGCGUACCACAACAAAAUGUAUUCUCAAUGUCUCAAAAUGUUGUUAAACACUUUACAACACGGGAUUCUGCACGACCAACUGUACGUCACACAUCACGAGGAUUCUGACGAUUUGAACAAUUCUAGAAAAAAAGACGAAUUGAAAAUCAUAAUAACGAACUCUAUUUCAAAAAGAAUUAAGGACAUAUCAAUGUCGAUACUAAAUGAACAGCCGUAUCCAGUUAUCGAUACAAAUGUUUUCCAAACUUUGCCAUGCUGUUGUGAUGAAAUGAAAUAUUUGACGAAGAAAAUAAUUCCCAAAUUCUUCACCCAAAUAACCGAAAGAGAUCUUUCAGUUAAUGCAGCAAAUAUAAUAGACAAGUGCAUAAGUAUUUUCCCAGUUGACACUGGCCUGUGGGAGGUGUGUUUCCGUUUGUCAAAGGACUUUUAUUUAGAGAACAAUCUAUCCAUUCAGGAAUUGGAGAAGGUAUUACAUAAGUAUAUGGCAUCUAAUGCAACAACAAUGGCAGCUGCUAUAAUGUAUUCUAGCGACUGUGCUCAAUAUAGCAAAAUCCUUUCACCGAAAUUCUAUCUUAAUAUGUGUAGCGAAGUAUUAGAUACUUGGGGCUGA